CCUAACACGUGUGUGUGUCUGUGUGGCUCAAGACCGGAAGUCUGAUUAAACGGAAAUUAAAAUAUAGAAACUAAAGAUCACCCUAAAGAUCGUUUACUUAACUUUUCGCGUGUGCCAGCGAGCAAUAUUACUAUAUAAUUUUAUCCAAAAACUGAAGAACUGAAAAACCGAAAAAGCGUGCCUGCCAAUUUGAGUUAACUUGGCUGGGACUGCAUUUUGUUGUUUUCGUUUUGGCCAGACGUCAAAUUCGAUUUUUAUGACUUUUGAAAGCGUGACUAAGACGUGAUUUAUGAUGGCGUGUGGUUUUUAAUAUUCAUGUGGACGCGCUCCGAACCUCUCAACCUGCGUAGGUGCGCCAAACAAUAAAAAACACAAAAAAUCACCACGGCAACCAGCAACCAGCAACAGCAACCAACAACCAGCAACAGCAACAUCGCUGCCCCGAGGCUUUAUCCCGAUAUCCAGCUGAGUGUGUGCGUGGACUCGACUUUUUUAUGGAGGCAGUUAAGCAUUUGAGUGCCGCUGCUGCUGCUGCUGCUGCAGCUGCAACUUGCAGCGAAAUGCCGGCCAAGGCAUCAGCAUCGCCAGCAACAACCGAUAUUGGCGAGGCGCUAAGCGAUCUCGAUGCAGGCUCAACAGCAGCAUCAUCGGCCAGCAGCUCAGCAACAUCGAAGCACCAUGGCAACAAACAAAGUGCAGCGGCAACACCCACAACGACGCACAAGAAAAGCGAGAGUUGCAACAGCAACAAGUGCACGCCGGCAACAUCGCCAAUAGCCAGCAAGACAAGCAAUGCUGCAAUGGCAGCUGCAACAGCCACGGCGGCUGCGGCGACUAACGAUCUUGCAGCGGCUGCUGCGGUUGUACUUUCGCUGCAAGGAACCAUGGUUAGUAGCCUGCAACAGGCCGCCUUGCUGCCGGCCAAUUCCGCAGCAGCAGCUGCCCUCAAUCUUCAGGCCCUGGAAUCCUAUUUGGCACUGCAGCGGCUCACUGGGAAAUCAGAUGUCUUUCGCUUUUCCAACAGCAACACCAGCAACAGCAGCAGCAACAAUACCCCCACGUGCAACAGCAACAGCAGUGAAACGGAGAGCAAUGCCUUGCCCUCGUUGAUAGACAUAGCCAACAUAGAGCUCAAGUCGAGCUGCUCAUCGAGUUCCUCGGGGGAACCCCCUUCAUUGGCAGCAACAUCAGCUGCAGCAGCAUCAGCAACAUCCUCGUCCAGCAGUAACACCACCAACUCCACCAGCACGUCAGCAACAUCCAAGUGCCUGCCUCUGCCCUCAAUCGGCACUGUUAGUGCUGCUGCUGCGGUGGCGGCUGCUGCGGCUGCUGCAGCAGCUGCUGCUAACCAACAGGCGGCCAUCGAUUGCGCAACUGCCGCAGAACUGGCAGCAGAAUGCGACUUACCCUUGCUCGAUGGCGAGGAUGCCUUAUCCUUCGAGGCGGGAGACUUGGACAGCAGCUAUGGCGGCUUCAUAUUCAAUCCCUCGGCCUUCAGCCAGGCGGAGACGGACUCGGCUCUGAACUCCCUGCAGGCCACCAUGUAUCAGGACAAGAUGAGCGUCAUUUCUGGGGCGACAGGGGGUGGAGCAGUUGGGGGUUUGGAGGAGGCAGGCAGCUCAACGGCAGCAGCGGCGGCGGCAGCAGCUGCCCAGCGGUCCAAGAAGCAGUUCAUCUGCAAGUUCUGCAACCGGCAGUUCACCAAGUCCUACAAUCUGCUCAUCCAUGAAAGAACCCACACGGACGAGAGGCCCUAUUCCUGCGACAUCUGCGGCAAGGCCUUCAGGAGGCAGGAUCAUCUGAGGGAUCAUAGAUAUAUCCACUCCAAGGAGAAGCCCUUCAAGUGCGCCGAAUGCGGCAAGGGAUUCUGUCAAUCCCGAACCCUGGCUGUCCACAAGAUCCUCCACAUGGAGGAGUCGCCGCACAAGUGCCCCGUGUGUAAUCGCUCCUUCAACCAGAGAUCCAACCUGAAGACCCACCUGCUCACCCACACCGACAUCAAGCCGUACAACUGCGCCUCCUGCGGGAAAGUUUUCCGCCGAAACUGCGACUUGCGGCGUCAUAGCCUAACCCAUAACCUAGCAGCCGGAGUGGGUGGCGUGGUGGGUGGCAACCUAAGUGAUUUAUUUGGCUCCGGUUCCAGUUCCAGCUCCGAGCUGGGUUUGCCCACGGGCUCUACCAGCACUUCCGGAUCCUCCAGAGACUUGGUGGCAGUCACCGAUUGAUCUUCAUCAGACCGCUACUCCAUGAUUCCCACUCAAUAAAGUUAAAUCUCAUUCGCAGCUCUCAUGAAUACGAAUCCCUCCAUUUCGUAAUCUUAAUCGUACUUACUAAACAGCAUUUAGUUUAGUCUAAGCUUAG